AUGGCGUCCAAUCUGACCGCACCGCAACUGGUGUUCCCGCACGCUGUGGAAUCACUUCAGGCUGAUCGAGGCGCAAUCCGAGGUCAACUUCGAGACACCUACAACCGCCUGCACUCGCUUGCGCAUGAUGCCGCUUGGGUACACUCGGAGGUCGCGGCAGCUUAUCCCGACUUUCCGCUUGUCGCGAACCAGCGGGCGGGCGCCUGGUACGUCAAGCCUUCGCCCGAAGAAGCGCACGCCUACUUCAAAUCGACAGACGGACACGCAGGGGAGCACAACUUCAAUCUGCGCCGAGCGAACCUUGCACUGCUCCCGCUGAUCAAGGAGCGAGGCGGCAUCGUCCUGGUCGACUCGACUCGGCGAGGCAAGAGGUUACCCGACGCCCUGUCGAAGACAAUCCCUCUAUGGUGCGCGACGCUGAACCGUGCCCGCCAGCUCGUCCUGCCACCCGCGACCGACAACUCCUCCGUCUCGCUUGAGAUUUGGAAGGAGCAGGGCAGGCUCUACACAUCGCCUCAGGCUGUCGGCCGCUCAGAGCAUGCGCAGAUUGAGGCGAAGGUCGACAAGUGGGCGAAGGAGCUGGCCUCUUCCGCCUACGACCUCUCAUCUCUCAAAGCACUCGACCGGCCACUCCGACCCUUCUUCGUCUCCCCCACGUCGACCCUCUCGCACAGUCCCGCGUCCUCGUUCGAGACGUGCUAUCCAGUCAUUUGCGCGAGUGCGAGCAAGCUGGCUGAGGAAGCGGACGGUUUGGAGCGGGCGGAGGGCUUCACAUACGUACAAGGGAGUGGCGACGACCAUGAGGCUUGGUCCCGGGGCCUGACCCCAUCCGUCUUCUGGCGACACGCAGACGAGAUCCUUGCAGUACCUCGCGAAGAGAUCGAUCAGGUGAUAGAGCAGAUACUUGCGGAGGAAGACGCUCCUACCGCCUCAUCCGCCUCCUCGCCUACUCGCAUCCGCCAAACCGGUCUUUACUUACGCUUCGCCGUGCCCUCAAACGCGCCGGCACCCUCUGACCUGUUUGCCAUCUCCAUCUCGACCUCCAAGACGCCCUCACCUACCGCCGACUCGACACAACCUUGUCACCUCUGCGCGAAGCCAGGCAAGGCCGGCUACAACUCUUUCUUUGCGCCCGACUACCUCGAGCCGGUUCUCAGCAACGCCUCAACGGCGCUUCGAGAUGGUCGAGGCGUAUGCAUUUUGGUGGAAAAGGGAGAGGCGCAAAGCGAGGCGAACGAUUUGGGCGUGGCCAUGUCGCUAAUUCUGCUCGCGCGCCUCUACGACGACGAGGGCGGCCUGCGGCAGCUCAACACGCCGACACCGCCAAUCACGAAAGACCUUAUCCGCACUCGUCUUCAGUGGAUCCUCGAGGCUUUCCCGACGGUCAAUCCGUCUCGUGCAGCGCUCAACAGAGUCAACGACUUCUUGAUGUCGAAGAGGCGGUAA